GGAUACUGGUGCCUGGGAGAAGUUGGACAUUUAAUCUUUUGGGACGGCUUCCAGGCUCGUUAUCCAUUCACUCACAUGCAACGACGUGCGUGACUGGUUGCGUCACGUUUCCUGAUAGUCAGAGGGAAACUUCCACUCAUUUUAUUUUCGGUAUUUGGAUCUCCUUUGUCGGGGCUCUGGUUAUUCGCUUUCUUUGACGUCAUCGAGGCCGAUACGGAGUUAUCACCAUGUCCAUGUUUAGACGCUCCUUUAUGGUGAAAGAUGAACCGAGUAAGACGGGCCGGUGGAUUAGGAAGAGACAUGGGAAACAUAGCAGACAUGGCAAGUUGAAGGCGCAGAGCAGGUCAGACAGCUUGACUGAACAUCCUGUUUCAAGCCCAGCAGUCACCUUCGUCGUGAGCUCGGAAAGACGUUUCUUCGUGGGCCACGAACAUGUUAUUGCCCAGUCUCUCUACUUCCGUAGUAUCCUGCGAGACCUGUCUAUGGUUGGAGCUCAUGCAAACAAGGUGGUGGAGCUGCCAGAUGAAGACCCAGAAAUAUUCUCCUGCAUUCUCGAAUACCUCUACAAAGGCGACUACUACCCCCGCCUAACCCACAACGAGCUCGAGAACACCCACGACACCAAAACCACAGACCGCAUCACAAGCAAAGCAACCAUCCUCCACGCCCGAACCCGCGACGAAAUCCUCCGCGACACCGUCGUCUACUGCGCAGCAGAAAAGUACGGCCUGGAAGAUCUCAAACAGCUUGCACUCCGCAAGCAGGGUCUUCACGUCGGGAUUCCAAUUCCUAUUAUCUUGCGCUCUGCUCGGUAUGCGUAUGAGAACACGCCGGAUUCGGAUGCGGAUUUGCGCGCUCAUUACUUGGUUAUGGUGAUAAGGGCGAGGGAGAUGUUCAAGACGAGUGGGACGAUGGAGAUGGAGAUGGAGAAGGGGCAUGCGUGGUUUUUUGAUCUGUUUGUUGCUAUGUGCAAUCAUAUUGAUGAUAUGGAGGGUUUUUGCAAGCAGCAGUCUUUCAAGUCAUCCUAAAGUGUUGCUGCACCG